GUAUGGUUUUAUGACGAAUGCUUGCGGAAGUAUGGAAAUGCCAAUGUCUGGAAGCAUUUCACCGACCUUUUUGAUUAUCUGCCCCUUACAGCACUUAUUGAGAGUCAGAUCUUCUGUUUGCAUGGAGGACUUUCACCAUCCUUGGAUACACUAGACAAUAUCCGAGCCUUGGACCGUAUACAGGAGGUUCCACAUGAAGGACCUAUGUGCGAUCUCUUGUGGUCUGAUCCAGAUGACCGAUGUGGGUGGGGAAUAUCUCCAAGAGGAGCUGGCUAUACUUUCGGACAGGAUAUUGCUACUCAGUUCAACCACACCAAUGGGCUAACUCUGAUUUCAAGAGCCCACCAGCUUGUCAUGGAAGGUUAUAAUUGGUGUCAGGAGAAGAAUGUGGUGACUGUAUUUAGUGCUCCAAAUUACUGUUAUCGGUGUGGGAACAUGGCUGCAAUACUAGAAAUCGGGGAGAACAUGGAGCAGAAUUUCCUUCAGUUUGACCCAGCACCUCGGCAGAUUGAGCCUGACACCACACGCAAGACUCCUGAUUAUUUUUUGUGA